AUGAAAACACAAAAUGACAGCAGAGAGACUGCUAUUGAAAUUUUCGUAAAUUUGAUUGAACAGUUGCGAUCAAUAUCGGAUGUGAAAUUGGAGCGUAUACGGGACGCACAGUUCAAUGAUGCAGGUGUCCAAAAAGCACUCGUAUAUACAAAGUAUGGUUGGCCAGAAAAAGAAACUUGUGUGGAUGUACCAGCACGAGAAUACUUUGCAUCACGAGGAGAACUUUCAGUGUCUAAUGGUUUGCUUUUAUACCGUGAUCAAGUUGUUGUUCCAGAAGAACUACGUACAGAGAUUAUGGAAAAUCUCCACGAAGGUCACAUGGGCAUUGAGAAAUGUCGUGAACGCGCUAGAACAACUGUAUGGUGGCCUGGCCUUACCAAGUACAUUCUGGCAAAAGUAGACUCUUGUCAAUUCUGUCAAGACCACAAACCUACCCAAAGGAAAGAACCAUUGAAAGUAACGGAACUACCGUUAAGACCGUGGCAAAAAGUGUCUGCCGAUUUGUUUGAUCACAAGGGGAAAAACUACCUCAUCGUAACUGACUAUUAUUCCCGAUACAUUGAAAUCGCAUAUCUACAGAACAUUACGAGUAGUCAAGGAAAUGGUGAGGCAGAGAGUGGUGUAAAAAGAGCUAAGCGUAUUCUAGACCAAGAUGAUGUGUUCAUUGCACUUAUGGCAUAUCGAGCAACACCUAUCGUCGCGACUGGUUCGAGCCCGAGCCAGUUGAUUAUGGGUAGACAAAUUCGUACUACAGUGCCAGUCGUCGAGAAGAAAUUAGUUCCAAAAUGGCCGAAUGCAAAGAAUGUAAGGAAACGGGAUACAGAAUAUAAACGCUGUUAUGCCUAUCAUUACAACCGUCGACAUGGUGUACGAGAUUUACCCGAUCUGGACAUUGGUGAUGAGGUCAAGGUCAAACUAGAUGGCGAAAAAAUCUGGUCCGCGAAGGGAGUCGUAGAAGAGGCGAAUCCUGAAAUUAGGUCAUACCGUGUCAGAACGCCAAAGGGGGUAUACCAACGAAAUCGUAGACAUUUACAGUUAAUUGCCCCAGAUGACGUCAGAAUUACUCCGACGUACGAUAAAUUGUUGUCAGGUGAUCUUAACGUCACACCGAGGAAAACUGUUCCGUCAGCAGUCUCAACACCACAUGUGAAGUCGUCAACGUCAACACCACCAGCUCCAAUUGUAGACAAGUCAAUGUCACCUACUGAUGUUUCGGACAACACAUACACCCGUCCAAAGAGGUUGACCAAACUUCCUACGAGGCUGAAAGACUAUGAGGUCACAUGA